AUGCCGCCGAUAGCUGCAGCACGAUCCGGUCAAAAUAUUCGCCGUACGUGUAAAUUGAUGAGUGAUAUUUCAACUUCCCCAACGGCAACCAAAACAUCGUCAGCAGCAUGUGGUUCGGGAAAGAGCAUGCAAACAGUAACGCCAUUACAUCCCAAAAAUUCGAAAUUGUAUAAAACCGAGCUCUGUCGAACAUGGAUGGAUUGCGGACGGUGCAAUUAUGGCGAUAAGUAA